AUGAGCAUCCACAAUGAAAUGGCCAACAGCGCGAGCCCAGCUGCCGCAUCGCCGUUGCGGCGUUCGGCGCGACUCAACCGCGAUGUAGGCAUCGGCAGCGGCUUGCGUAGCCAGCCAGAGGCGAUGGACGCGUCCGCAUGGUCCUCUUCCCUGUACUCGACGCGUGAUCCAUCACAGGUGAGUAGCUACUACCUCAGGCCCUAUGAAGAAGAGAAGAAAGACGCGUCAAUGGACGACUCGCUCACUGGACUCGGCUCACUGCUUCGUGGAGCGCAGCGCCCGACCCAUACGCCGAGAUCAUAUGUCCGUGAUCGCUCCGCUUUUCCAGACUACUCAGAAGAGGACAAGUUUAUGGAGCGCGUCGAGUCCGAGUGGCGGAAACGCUCGGGUCAUGAAGACGAUCCACCCUCAGGCACGCCUGAGCUCGAGCAGGCCGACGAUCCUGUUUUCGAGACGCAGCCAACGACGCCUCAGGUCCCUGGCCUGUUUCGCUCUGUCCUCCAUUCGGCCAAACGUGCUGCUUCUCCAGCGUCUCCCGCCAGACGGCCAAUCGUAUGGCCCACCCUCCUAUGGUGCGCGAUCGCUGUGCUGAUCGCCUACGUAUGGUAUGCGCAUUUCCCCACCUUCUUGUCCGCAUCAGAUCCGCUUGUCACGUCGCGCCCGUGGACAUCACCAGCCAGUGGCUCGAGCCAGGAGCUGCGUGAGCGUAUCGUGACGCUGGAAGGAGCUCUUAAUAAGGUCUGGCGCUCGGUGGGUGACUUGAGCCAGGAGCUGCGUACAUCGCAAGACAAGGUCUUGCAGCGUCUAUCGACGCUUGAACAAAAAAGCGUGCUGCGCUCGAGCUUCGAUGCGCUCGAGCGCGAUGUACGUGCGCUCAAGAAACAGCAUGCUGAGAGUGUUUCGCACUGGCAGGCCGAAAAGGCACGCAUCGAAGCGCUGCUGUCCCAAAGCAAAGAUACCAAUAGCGCGGCCUUCCGCGCCCGCCUCGCUGACCUUGACACGCGCCUGUCACGCGCUGAGGUGCAGGCGCGCGAGGCGUCGGAGGCAGCGAAGCAAGCGAAACAGGCUUGGGAGCCGCUGCGCGGCUUUCUUCCGGAGCGCAUGCCUGUGCGGUACGACGCACGUACUCAACAGGUGCGCAUUGACCCUGCGUUCUGGCACGAGUUCCGCAAAGUCGUACCAGCGCAGCACCAGGGCACCGCGCCCAUGUCGUGGGAGGCAUUUCUUGCCGAGCACCGGCACGAGCUUGACGCGUGGAUCGCCGACCUGCUUCACCAUUCGCGCGAUGACAACGCCGUGAUGCUCGACCGUUCGACGUUUUUCAAGCUGAUGGAGGCGGAAAUCACACGUGCCAAGACGGAGCUGUCGACGCAGUUCAACGAGCAUGUACACGGCCUCGAGUCGGACGUGCUGGCCAAGGUGCAGUACCGCCUGGAGCAGCAACAGAAGCAGGAGGGCGCAUCGUCGAGUGCCGUGCAUGUCGAAGACGUGCGAGCCAUGAUCGACGCGGCGCUCGCCGUGUACACGGCCGACCAAAUCGGGCGCGCUGACUUCGCCCAGUACUCGGCAGGCGCGCGUGUGAUCCCGAGCCUCACGAGCCCGACGCAUGAGGUGCGUGUCCAGGGUGCGAACGUGCACAGCCUCUCGUCUAUGCUCGCGCAUAUGCUGCCUCUGCCGGUCUUGUGGCGUCACCGCAGUGCCUCGGACUCGUACACGGUGCGCGGCCGCAUGCCUGUGGUGGCCCUGCACCACGACACCUCGCCUGGCAUGUGCUGGCCGUUCUCCGGCUCGCACGGCCAGCUCGGCAUCCAACUGGUGCGCCGCGUCCGCGUCGAAGCCGUCACAUUGGAUCACGUGCCUUCGAACCUCUCGCUCGAUGGCCAGGGAUCGGCGCCGCGCGACGUCGAAGUGUGGGGCCUGCUGGAGUCGCCGCACGACCGCGUGCAGACCGUGCCUGAUGACCCGACGCCUGUGCCGCCGUCGCCGUUGCAUGUGUUUCUCGGCUCGUUCACGUACGAUGCCCAGCCAGGUGCGCCCCCGAUCCAGACCUUCCCUGUGCGCGACGUCGGCGUCGCCUUCCGUGUUGUCCAGCUCAGUGUGCUGAGCAACCACGGGCUGCGCGACUUUACGUGCCUGUACCGCGUGCGCGUGCACGGCGACCCUGUGUCUCUAUAG